AUGGCUCAACGCAAUAUACUUGUGACCGGCGCGACUGGCUAUGUAGGAGGUUCAGUCCUGACAACGCUUUUGAAGUCCGAAAGUGCCCUCAUUCAACCAUCGUCUGUCACAGCGCUGGUCCGAAAGAAGGAUCAGGCAGACGUUCUUGCGUCUCAGGGCAUCAAGACGUCCAUCUUUCGAGACCUGGACGACUCUGAGCAUUUGAAACGUGUUGCCGCUGAGCACGAUGUGGUGAUCCAUACUGCGUCAGGGUUUCAUCUUGGCUCUGCUUUGGCCUUGAUUGAGGGGCUGGGUCAGAGAAAGACACAGAACGGUGGCAAGGUCCACUACAUUCAUACAUCUGGGACUUGGAACCUUGCAGGGCUGGAACUCACAAACAAGGGCGGCUUAACCGAGUUCAAGGAAGAUGAUCUCCUAGAUCAUUUGAGGAAGCUGGAAGAAGAGUCGCCGUUCUCACAACGAACCACGUUGUUCGGGGUCAUCGCAGCCGCAGGGCAGCAUGGUGUGGAAGCGCACAUCCUCCUUCCACCCGAUAUUUACGGUCAAGGAACAGGUCUAUUCAACAAACAUACGCCGCAGCUGUUUGACCUUGUCAAGAAGGCCAUUGGCGUGGGGUAUCCCGAGUGCAUUGGUGAUGGGCUCGGAGGAGCGGGCCAUGUACAUGUCACCGACCUCGCUGAGCUCUACAAAGUCAUGAUACUGCGGAUCCUGCAAGGUGAGGCGGUGCCCUCUGGAAAAGAUGGACUGUUCUUUACGGAAACGGGAUACCAUAACUGGUUCGACGUCGCGAAGCUCAUCGGAGAGGUUGGUGUUUCCAGGGGUGUACUCAAGUCUGCCGACCCACGAUCCAUCACAGUAGAAGAGGCUGCGCAACGGUGGGAGGAAUCGACGAAUGGUGACCAAGAAAUUACAAAAUUGUGUUUCUGCAUGAGGAACAAGACAGUGCCCAACAGGGCGUAUGAACUGGGGUGGAAGCCCGAGAAAACGGACCAUGACUGGAGAGUCUGGAUCGAAGAGGUAUUCCGUAUAGUCGAAUAG